GCACCCCAAGGUCAUUCUUAUCGGAAUAUAUAGUGGUAGGUGAGAAGACUUGACCCGGCCCUUUUGGUCAUUCUCUAUCCACCUUGACUUGCAAAAGAAAGUGGAAAACUGAGGUCUACAAAACACAACCGGAUCUGCCCCAACUUACGACCGUAACUAUUUGGGCCACAGUGUACUCCAUCUCCAUACUCCUCGACGCCAGCCAUCAUCUCUAUUUGCUCGAUGUUUUCACUUCGUAGUUGCGGUCGACAACUGUGCCGCGCAUCCUCUAGUGUCCUUCUCCUUCAUCGACCAGUGCUUGUUUCCUCGUCGUGGCAGCAGAACAAACGGGAGGAACCGGCGGCCGGGAGGAGGAGCUACUCACCCCGGCAUCCUUUCUUCCACCACAAAUGCAGCAGCGGGGCGUGCGAUGCCGUCGGCGACCGAGUAACGGUCCUCACCAUCGACGGCGGCGGCAUCCGGGGCCUUAUCCCGGGCACCGUGCUCGCCUACCUCGAGGAGCAGCUGCAGGAGCUGGACGGGCCGGAGGCGAGGCUGGCAGACUACUUCGACUACAUCGCCGGGACGAGCACCGGCGGGCUCAUCACGGCGAUGCUCGCCGCGCCGGCAGACGGCAGUAGGCGCCCGCUCUUCGCCGCCGAAGGUAUCAACCCCUUCUACCUCGAGCACGGCCCGCGCAUCUUCCCUCGGAAGUGGAGCAUCGCCGCGGCGUCGGGACCCAAGCACGACGGCAAGUACCUUCGCGCGGUGACUCGUAGAGUGCUCGGCGAGACGAGGGUGCGCGACACUGUCACGGAUGUCAUCAUCCCCACCUUCGACGUCAAGCUGGUGCAGCCCAUCAUCUUCUCCAAAUGUGACGCAGAAAAGACACCUGAGAAGAAUGCACUGCUAUCAGAUGUAUGCAUCGGCACGGCGGCGGCUCCGACCUACCUCCCCGCGCACCACUUCCGGACCAAAGGUGCUGACGGAAGGGAUCACGACUACAAUCUCAUCGAUGGCGGCGUCGCUGCCAAUAAUCCUACAAUGGUUGCCAUGUCGAUAAUCACAGAGGAGAUCAUGGCCAAGGCCAAGGAAAAGGAUUCGAAGGCGGUCAGGCUGCUCAAGCCGUCAUCGGAGGAUGAAUGCGGCCGGUUCCUGGUGCUAUCCAUCGGCACCGGCUUGAGGUCCAACGAGGAACAAUACACUGCGAAAGUGUGUUCCAAGUGGGGCAUCAUCGGGUGGCUGCGCAAGAGGGGUAUGGCGCCCAUCAUUGACAUCUUCAUGGCCGCUAGCUCGGACCUAGUCGACAUCCACGUCUCCGUCAAGUUCAAGUUGUUCGGCUGCGAGAGUAACUACCUCCGCAUCCAGAACAACACCCUCUGCAGCGCCACUGCAGCGGUGGACGUGGCGACGCCGGAGAACAUGAAGAAGCUCAUCGAGAUCGGCAAGCGCAUGCUAGAUCAGCGAGUGACGAGGGUCAACGUGAAGACCGGGAAGUACGAGGAUGUGCCAGGGGACAACAGGACCAAUGCUCAAGCCCUUGAAGACCUGGCGAAGGAGCUGUCCAAGGAGAGAACGGCGAAGCGACUGAAAGCUGGGCAAGCCAGUGGCGGCGUGGCACGGUGAGGAGCACCGGUUCGUCAUAGAAUUAAUCCGUCUUGUACGUAGCACAGGUUGUUUCAAAUAUUACAAAUAAAUUUGUUUUUUCCGUUGUUCGAACAAAUUUGAGCUUAUAUUAAGACAAGUCUAGCUAAGUGGUCGUUGCCCGUGAAAAUAUACAUCUGUAAAAAUGAUGCAUGACGAUGUUGUUUCCCUAGAUGUACCAUUUAUAGAAAAUUAUCUCUAUUUUCUUUAGAAAAUAGAAUUGUUUCCAGCCA